AUGGCAACAUCUUUUUUAGAUUAUAUGUCGUCUGUUGAAAAUUUAGGGAUUGCUAACUGCCACUUUAAUCUCAACUACUUCCAAACAAAUAGUUACAGGUUGUUACAGAAUCUAAACAAUUUGAAACGGAUUGACUUGUCCUUAAACUCUUUAAGAUAUCUUUCUAAAGAUACUUUCGCCCACAAUCCAGAGUUGAUAGAAAUUUAUUUAGCCACAAACAGAUUUACUGAAGUUCCGUUUGACCUGACACAUACACCAAAUCUAAAACUUCUGGAUCUCAGUGAGAACACCAUCACAACACUAGAUGAGAAGGUAACGAACCAACUGGAUAAACUUGCAGCUAGAUUCAAGGAAUUCAGUUUGAGGCUGGCCGGCAAUGUUUUCUCUUGUGGAUGUGGAAAUUUCCGUUUUGUGAAGUGGCUUUUAACAACACACGUGACCAUAGACCUCAGCUCAAACUUGACGUGUGUUGACGAGUCUGGCCUGUUCGUGCGUCUAGACACAGACCUCAAUUUGGAGACGUUUUGGCGUCAGUGCUGGGGAAAGGAAUCUCUUUUUGUUUCUGUCGUUAUUUUUUGCUUGAUUAUAAUCAGCUUCGUUGUGUCUUUUGUUUUUAUGAGGUUUAAAUUGUACAUUAUGUCUAAAAUAGCUCUGCUGCUUGGUACAGUUACACUUCAACGUAUAACGGAUUUUCCCAUUAACGUGUUCAUAAGUUCAUAUGAGGGAGACAGAUUUGCUGUUGAUGAGCUACAAGAUUUUUUAAAGAACCGACUAAGACUGUCUACGGUUAAGACAGCCCGUGAAUUCACACCUGGACAUCCAACAUUUGAAGGUUAUGGUAUGAUGAGUGAAAGCUGGCGCAUUAUCCUUGUUAUCAGCGAGGACUUUAUGGAUGACGCGUGUUUUCAGUUAAUCUGUAACAUGGCUCUCUGCACCGUGUCCCCAGCUAACCCAGGCCGUGUUAUUCUACUGGUGGAGGAGAGGCUCCUCUCAAGGCUACCUGUUGAUCUGGUUGGUGCCGUAGCUGAAGAAAAUAUUCUACCUGUCUCCAGGUGGGAGUUGAACUAUGAACUUCAGGAAAAUUUAAAGACAAGGAUUAUUGUUUAUUGA